ACAUUAUGAAAAAGUACGGUAGAGUGAAGGAAAUAGUAACAUUUGAGGGGAAAAAAAAAGAUAGUAAUGAAGACGACAUGAUAUAAUCCUGGUCCUGGGCGGAAAUCAAAGGUCGAAACAACUACUUUCUCGCUGUUUUCCCUCAAAUUGAGACUCUCAAUUAUUUUAUGUAUUCAUCCUCUGAUACUCAGAUUCUGACUAAUACAAAGUUUCCAAAACUAUGGAAGAUGAAGAACAGCUUUCUAAUUACAAGGCAGACAUGGGUGAUGGCUUGACUUUAAACCGUGAUGGAAUCGAAUCUAAGAGCUUUCGAUCACUCCUCAGCUGGGUUUGUCUCGAUCAUUCCAGUCUCUGGAAAUCUGGCCUUUCAUGGUCUGUCUUCUUUGUUCUGGGCAUAGGUGUUCCUCUGGUUUCCCACUUUGUUUUCUUGUGUUCGACUUGCGAUUCGGAGCACCAACGCCCGUACGAUGCAGUUGUGCAAUUAUCGCUCUCUUCGCUUGCAAUCGUUUCGUUUCUCUGUUUAUCUGCCUGGGCUCGAAAGUUUGGAGUCAGGAGGUUCCUCUUCUUGGAUAAAUUGUCCGAUGAGAGUGACAGGGUUCGAGAAGGAUAUCAGCGGCAUCUGCAGAGAUCAAUGAAGCUUCUUUGCAUAUUUGUCCUCCCCUGCUUUGCUGUUGAGUCUGUGUACAGAAUAUGGUGGUAUGCAACAGGAGCCUAUGAAAUACCCUACUAUGGAAACAUGUUUGUUAGUGACGCCAUCAUCUGCAUAAUGCAGCUGGCGUCGUGGCUGUAUCGGACAUCGAUCUAUAUCCUUGUUUGCAUUCUGUACCAGCUGAUUUGCCACCUGCAAAUUCUUAAGCUUGAAGACUUUGCUCAAGUCUUCCAGCAAGAAACCGAAGUGUGUUCCAUCUUACAACAACAUCUCAUGAUCAGAAGAAGCCUCAAGGUUAUAAGUCAUCGGUUUCGGAAAUUCAUUUUGUCGUCUUUGAUUUUUGUUACUGCUAGCCAGUUGAUGUGCCUGCUCAUCACAAUUCGGUCUAGUGCUAACAACAACAUAUUUGAGGCUGGAGAACUUGCAUUGUGCUCCAUUAGUCUUGUCUUAGGCCUCUUCAUAUGCCUGCGAAGCUCGACAAAGAUCUCACACAAAGCACAGUCCAUUACAAGCCUAGCUGCAACAUGGCAUGUAUGUGCAACAAUCAAUUCGUUCGAUGAGCCAGAUGGGGAGACUCCAACAACUCAAAUUACUUCAGGCCAAGUGUAUCCUGUCAACAUUGAUUGUGAAUUAGAUGACGAGGAAGAUGAUGCAGAUGAUGAUUCGGACAAUUCCAAGUUGGUACCAGUUUUUGCACAUACAAUCUCGUUCCAGAAGAGGCAUGCUUUAGUUAUGUAUCUUGAAAACAACAGAGCUGGGAUUACAGUGUUUGGAUUCAUGCUGGACAGAACCGGGCUCCAUGCUGUAUUUGGAGUUGAACUAGCUCUUCUACUCUGGCUACUCAAUAAGACAAUAGUGAGUUGGACCUGAAAGUGCUGAGAUUUGAGUAUUAAUCGAACUCAAUCCUAGUUCACCACCAUUAUCUGAAGCAAGGGAAGAUGGGCAUAAAGGAAGAAAGUUUACUCCCAACGAUUGAGCUAGGAUGCUACGCUUUCGAAAAUCGAUGGGUGUGUGACUACACCCUGUCAUAUUCUGCACUUAUUUCAGUUGCAUCAUUCUGUAAACAAGCUUGGUUUUGUGAUUUAUUCUGCUUCGUGUGAAGAAAUGAAUCUUAUAACAUUUUUCUUUUUCAUUUAUUAGUCCUUAAAAGCAUUUUUCAGAUA